AUGCUCGUCCCAAGCUCCAUCUUCACCACCAAUGUCCAUCGCAAUGCCACCCUCUACCACCGCAGCGCCACCCCCAAUGAUGACAACCCCACCACCUCAGAUGACAACCCCUCCACCUAUGACAUCACCACCUCCGAUGAUGCCACCUAUGACACCACCACCUCAGAUGACAACCCCUCCACCUAUGACAUCACCACCUCCGAUGAUGCCACCUAUGACACCACCACCUCAGAUGACAACCCCUCCACCUAUGACAUCACCACCUCCGAUGAUGCCACCUAUGACACCACCACCUCAGAUGACAACCCCUCCACCUAUGACAUCACCACCUCCGAUGAUGCCACCUAUGACACCACCACCUCAGAUGACAACCCCUCCACCUAUGACAUCACCACCUCCGAUGAUGCCACCUAUGACACCACCACCUCAGAUGACAACCCCUCCACCUAUGACAUCACCACCUCCGAUGAUGCCACCUAUGACACCACCACCUCAGAUGACAACCCCUCCACCUAUGACACCACCACCUCCGAUGAUGCCACCUAUGACACCACCACCUCAGAUGACAACCCCUCCACCUAUGACACCACCACCUCCGAUGAUGCCACCUACAACACCACCACCUCAUAUGAUGCCACCUAUGACAACACCACCCCCGAUGAUGCCACCUAUGACACCACCACCUCAGAUAAUGCCACCUGUGACAACACCACCCCCGCUGAUGCCACCUAUGACAACACCAUACCCGAUGAUGCCACCUAUGACAACACCAUACCCGAUGAUGCCACCUAUGACAUCAACACCACCAGCCAUGUCACAGCCACCAAUGGUUGCGCCUUCAAUGCCCCCUCCGGCAAUAACCCCUGGUCCAUCAAUGAGUUCCCCACCAGAAGGUGCACCCACAAUGCCCGCUUCUCCGCCGGCGCCCGCUGCANGAUGCCACCUGUGACAACACCACCCCCGAUGAUGCCACCUGUGACAACACCAUACCCGAUGAUGCCACCUAUGACAUCAACACCACCAGCCAUGUCACAGCCACCAAUGGUUGCGCCUUCAAUGCCCCCUCCGGCAAUAACCCCUGGUCCAUCAAUGAGUUCCCCACCAGAAGGUGCACCCACAAUGCCCGCUUCUCCGCCGGCGCCCGCUGCAACAUCGCCCAUGUCACCGUCGUCGCCGCCGCCCGGGAUGCCACCGUCGGAACCACCCCCAAACUCAGGAGCUUUCAUGCAUGGAAGUAGUAUGGCAAUUCUAGGGUUGCUUGGAGGAGUGGCACUCCUUGUUUAAACAAAUAGGCACUGAAUUCAAUCAUCGUUUUGAUUUUGGUGUAGAUUAAGGUAACCCAGUUGUGUAUUCUUUUUUUUUUUUUUUUUAUUAUUAUUUUAAUUCCUCUCAGGUUUUCUAUUUGUAUUUACCUUUUUGCCCUUUACUUUGUGGUUGAUUUUUGGAACUCCAUUUAUGAUUGUGAGGAGGGAUGAGGUUGGUUUGGGGAUUUACCAGAUGCCACAGCCAUUUUUUAUCUUUUCAUAUUAGCUUAAUAAAACGACCGUGAUUGUUGUAGGUGAUGUUGUUAUUAAUAAUGCUAUUAUUAACUGAACUUCUAACCAUGUGUCUUAUUUAAUUACGAGAUAAAAUUGUGUAUAUCUCAU